AUGGCGGUUGUUGGGAGUCACUUGGACAGCACAGAGGGAUUAGCAUUGAAAAAACCCAGGGAGUUCUCAUGUGCACUCAGAAGCGGGCACCCUGUGGGGGCCAUGGACAGCAUAUCCCGUAUGGAGUUGGUAGCCUCCAACUGCUGCCACCCAUAUUGGUUAAGGGACUGGUGGCCACUUGCUUCUGGGGGCCGAGGGCCCUUGCCUCCCAACUCCAUCAGCUGGACUUGCGAAGAUACUGUGUCCUGCUUAUACAGUGUCAGGGUGGGGACUGAGAACUUUGCUGACAUUCAUUGGGGUGCAGCAAUAGUACCCAGAAGGCCCAACUUGGGCAUCCUUCACCAGAAGUCCACGAAAGGUUCCAUUGUCCUCGACCACGUAUUCCAUCACGUAAACCUUGUGGAGAUAGAUUAUUUUGGGCUACGUUACUGUGACAGAAGCCAUCAGACGUAUUGGCUGGAUCCUGCAAAAACUCUUGCUGAGCACAAAGAACUGAUCAACACUGGACCUCCAUAUACUUUGUAUUUUGGUAUUAAAUUCUAUGCUGAAGAUCCAUGUAAACUUAAAGAAGAAAUAACCAGAUAUCAGUUUUUCUUGCAGGUGAAACAAGAUGUCCUUCAGGGCCGCCUGCCCUGUCCCGUCAACAUUGCCGCUCAGCUGGGAGCGUAUGCCAUCCAGUCGGAGCUUGGAGAUUAUGACCCAUAUAAACAUACUACAGGAUAUGUAUCUGAGUACCGGUUUGUUCCUGACCAGAAGGAAGAACUUGAAGAAGCCAUAGAAAGGAUUCAUAAAACUCUAAUGGGUCAGGCUCCUUCUGAGGCUGAGCUGAAUUACUUGAGGACUGCCAAAUCCCUGGAGAUGUAUGGCGUUGACCUCCAUCCCGUCUAUGGAGAAAACAAGUCUGAGUAUUUCUUAGGAUUAACUCCAGUUGGUGUUGUUGUCUACAAGAAUAAAAAGCAAGUGGGGAAGUAUUUCUGGCCUCGGAUUACAAAGGUUCACUUCAAGGAGACUCAGUUUGAACUCAGAGUACUGGGAAAAGAUUGUAAUGAAACCUCAUUCUUUUUUGAAGCUCGAAGUAAAACUGCUUGCAAGCAUCUCUGGAAGUGCAGUGUGGAACAUCAUACAUUUUUUAGAAUGCCAGAAAAUGAAUCUAAUUCACUGUCACGAAAACUCAGCAAGUUUGGAUCCAUACGUUAUAAGCACCGCUACAGUGGCAGGACAGCUUUACAAAUGAGCCGAGAUCUUUCUAUUCAGCUUCCCCGGCCUGAUCAGAAUGUGACGAGAAGUCGAAGCAAGACUUACCCUAAGCGAAUAGCACAAACACAGUCAACCGGAUCAAACAGCAUCAGUAGGAUAACUACAAACAUGGAAAAUGGAGAAAAUGAAGGAACAACUAAAAUUAUUGCACCUUCACCAGUAAAAAGCUUUAAGAAAGCAAGGAAUGAAAAUAGCCCUGAUACCCAAAGAAGCAAAUCUCAUGCACCGUGGGAAGAAAAUAGCCCCCAGAGUGGACUCUACAAUUCUCCCAGCGACCGCACUAAGUCACCAAAGUUCCCUUACACACGUCGCCGAAACCCCUCCUGUGGAAGUGACAAUGACUCUGUACAGCCUAUGAGGAGGAGGAAAGCCCAUAACAGUGGUGAAGAUUCAGAUCUAAAGCAGAGGAGGAGGUCACGUUCACGCUGUAACACAAGCAGUGGUAGUGAAUCGGAAAAUUCUAAUAGAGAACACCGGAAAAAGAGAAACAGAAUACGGCAGGAGAAUGAUAUGAUUGAUUCAGCGCCUCAGUGGGAAGCUGUAUUGAGGAGACAAAAGGAAAAAAACCAAGCCGACCCCAACAACAGGCGAUCCAGACACAGAUCUCGUUCGAGAAGCCCCGAUAUCCAAGCAAAAGAAGAGUUAUGGAAGCACAUUCAAAAGGAACUUGUGGAUCCAUCCGGAUUGUCAGAAGAACAAUUGAAAGAGAUUCCGUACACUAAAAUAGAGACACAAGGUGACCCAGUCCGCAUCAGGCAUUCUCAUUCGCCACGAAGUUACCGGCAGUAUCGCCGGUCCCAGUGUUCAGAUGGGGAGCGAUCAGUUCUCUCGGAAGUGAAUUCAAAAACAGAUCUUGUACCACCGCUUCCAGUGACUCGUUCUUCGGAUGCUCAGGGUUCUGGGGACGCUACAGUUCAUCAGAGAAGAAAUGGGUCUAAAGAUAGCCUGAUGGAAGAAAAACCUCAGACAUCUCCAAACAACCUGGCUGGAAAACACACAGCAAAAACAAUAAAAACUAUCCAAGCUUCCCGCCUCAAGACAGAGACUUGAUCCUGAUGAAGGGUCAAGGAUAGGGGUGGGAAGGUUGUGUGCACCACUGGUACUUUCCAAACUGUGAAAUAGAUACCUUGAUUCAAAUCUCAGACCUGCGAGUAUUUCAGCGUAAGACAAUGUUAUAUUUUGCUUUUUUUUUUUUUUUUUUUUUGAGAUGUUACCACUGUCGCCCAGGCUGGAGUGCAGCAGCACCACGUCAGCUCACCACAACCUCCACUUCCUGGGUUUAAGCGAUUCUCCUGCCUCACAGGCGUGUGCCACAAUACGUGGCUCUUUCUGUAUUUUUAAUAGAGACAGGGUUUCACCAUGUUGGGGGCUGGUCUCAAACUCCUGACCUCAAGUGAUUGGCCUGCCUCAGCCUCCCAAAGUGCUGGGAUUAUAGGCAUGGUUUAACUACAGCACAGUCGUGCUGAAGCACCUUUUUGUUUGAACUGGAAGAAUAAGUAUUUUGUAAAAAUUCACUUGAAACCACAUUUUCGUUUCUGGAACAGGCUGGCAAUCAUUCAUUUCUGACUAUGUUGUGUCUGUGUCCACCACAACCAAGACCAGAUGCAUCUGAUGAACGUUCUGGAAAUCUGAACUGCAACUAGCCUGCUGUGCAAUAGUACAAGUGGGAGGACGUCUUCCCAGCUCUGGGUUGGUUCUCAAGUAGCGCCCAGAUGCAAAAGGACUGAGGCAUCACUUCCAGACUGCAGAUAUUUUUAUUCAUAUAGUUCUUUAUAAUACUGUAUUUUGUGGUGUUAAGUUCCACCAGUUAUUUACAAAUGAUGUAAAAAGCUUUGUUUUUAAGUGUUAAUUUCUAAAGUGUUCUUGUCUUGUGUUUUCAGAAGUCUAUGUGGAUUUCAGUUGAUCCCUCACCCCAAACCUCAAAUGAUCUAUCCACCCUGCUUGGCCAUCUAACUCACCUGCUCUCCCCAGUGACUAUUUUGGACCUUUCCUCUCCAUAGAUGACUUUGCAGUCUACGGGGAAAAUACUUACACAGGAUGUCUUACAUCUCCCUCUUACCACAUACAGUUCUCUCCACAGCUGCCAGCAGCCCUAACCUUUUUGUCUCUCCGCCUGUGCUUUGGAGGCUCUCUCCCAGCCUUUUCAGGAUCUUUGUAUCUCCUCCUCCUAUAUUAAUGUAUUCAAUCAUUCUCUCAGCUAGAUCCUUGCUACUUCAUUUUAAAUUUAAAACUAAGACUACAGAAAACUAUCUUUCAUAACUACAACCCCCCACCCUCUAGCAACUAUGAUUUUCCUCUCAUUCUCAGCCAAUCUUCAUGCAAGGAGUUAUCUUUAGUCAUUGCCCUCAAUUCAACUAAUCCAUAUCUUAAGUGAU